AAGCUUUUGAUCCACAACUGUAAUAAAGAUAGCGAGGGGAGAGAGUUGAGCGGUAAAAGGAAACCAAAGCGAGAAAGGCGGCCAGUGGAAAAGUAAACAGAUUUGUGGAAGCAAGAGAAGAGAAGGUCCCGGGAAGGGAAGCAAAGGGAAAGCAACCACUCUGAAUUUCAAUUUCAAAUUCGUCGUAAGGUCCAGGGUCAGCUCCGGUACCGUGGCAAAUCUACUUUUCUUAAAUUAUAUAACCUUAGUUUCCAUUCCCCUACUCCGCGCUCAUCAUCAAAACUCGCUCGCCACACCCCAUCCCAUCCCAUCUCUGGAAAAAGCAGUUCCCCCCCUUCUUCCGUUAAACUCCACCCAGAUUCUUCUAGGUUUCGAAGCUCUAUCGAUUUGGCUUGUGGGUAUUUCUCUCUCGACUUGCUUUACUCAAUCUCUUUGCUUCAUUCCUAAACAGAUAAUAGAGAAAGGGAGUGCGCUCUGUGGCGCUUUCCUUAGCUUCAGGAUUAUACCAUCCCCCUCCUUGUAAGUCUCUUCUUCUUCUUCACCCUUUAUGUGCUUUUCAGUUUUUGGGUUCCCCCUUUAUGUGCCUUUUCAAUUGGUAAAGGUUUCUCUCCUUUUUCUCUCUUCAGCAUCUGGGUAUUUCUUUUUCAGUUCCCUCUCGCCUUCUCCUUUUCUGGGUACCGUCUCUUUCUCGUUUAUACCCGUCCUUGUAAAUGGUGUGUUCUUCUCAACUGGGUUCGUCUCAUUUAUCGCUCAUGUAUUUCGCUCCUUUUGUGUGCUUUUGAUUGCCUGAUUACAGUGAAAAGGAGGGAGGGGGGAAGUUCGAAUUCAGCAUUUAGUAACCCCUUUUCAAUAUUUAAUUUCGAAUUCAUCACGCAUAACCAUUUUGACAACUUUACACAACAACCCCUUGCCUUAGUUGCCUGCCUUUCCGAUGACUUCUGUAACUAAUUUUGUAUGGAAUCUAUUUAUUUAAACUCAAUUUAGCUGUAUAAGCUCUUUAAUAAUUCUCUCUUGGGUGGCCAAAAAGGCAACUUCUUUACAGAUUUUGCAGGUCAUCCAAGUAAACAAAUUUAUUGUCCUUGUUUCCUGUUUCUAGCCGAGUCCGGUAGAGAAAGAAGCUCCUCUGAAGAACUUGGCGGUCUAGGAUCGGCGUAGUUGGUUUGCAAUUAAAAGUAACGGAAUUGGUGGUUCGGUAGCGAGCAUUUUGUGAUGGGGGAUCAUUUUGUGUUCUUAGUGGACCGCUUGCUAACCGAAUCAACACUGGAAGCUGCAAUUGAAAGCAGGCUGCGGUCUAUGCAAGCGACAGCAUCGUCCAGGGUGGAUGAUGAUGAUGAUUCCCAAGUGGAGAAAUGUUCCCAUAGUGUGGAUUUUGAGGAUAUAUCGACUCCCACGAAGAUAGUGGAAUGCAGGAUAUGCCAGGAUGAUGAUGUAGAUUCCAACAUGGAGACGCCUUGCUCUUGUUGUGGCAGCCUCAAGUAUGCUCACAGGAGGUGUGUUCAAAAGUGGUGUAAUGAGAAGGGGAAUACUACUUGUGAAAUAUGCCAACAGCAAUUCAAGCCUGAUUAUACAGCCCCACCACCAUUGUUUCAUUUUGGGCGUAUACCUAUAAACCUGAGUUGUACCACCAAGAUCAUGAUACUUUUACUUCUUCGACAUACCCUUCCCAUUUUACUUUCUGAAAGUGUUCAUAUCUCCAUCCCACUGUUGCUGUUGUUAUUGCUACGAGUAGCUGGAAUCAUUCUUCCCAUCUAUGUUAUGGUGAAAUCAUUGACCGCUCUUCAGCAACGGCGCCAGCAACAUGUAGUCCCUUCAUCUGACGAAGAACCUGAAGAAGAGGCUGAGCAUCAGUCGGCCCUCCAGGUUGAGUCGCACAUAAUCAAUGUUCAUUAAGUUGUAUAUGUGUAUUUGUUAAGUUGUGUUCCUACGAAUUGGCGCGAAAGAGAACAUUCUGAAAGGAUGAUCUUGAAAGGCUGCUGCAGUGAUGAAGAGAGUCUGGAAAUGGCUCUCGAAUCGUUUUAGUGUAUGUUGUAUGUUUAAAUACAUCAGGCAAGCUGCGAAGCAAACAUGAAUAGCUGCACAGCUUUUGUUUCUUUGUUGCUUUGAUUCAUGUUGUAUAGACUUGGGAAAAUACAGCAUACUGCAAUCUGUACAUAUUUUAUACAUACUUUUUUUUUUAUAGCAUGGUCCGGUGAAAUAGUAGACA